AUGGCCUUACAUAAGAAACCUAUCUUCGUCUUUGUGCCUGGGGCAUGGCAUACCGCUGAUACAUUUGAUGGUAUUCGGGACUUGCUCACCGCGAGGGGCUUUGAAUCGGAAGCUGUUACAAUUCCUUCUGUUGGAUCAAAUGACCCCAAGACUGGACUCUAUGCAGACACUGGCUAUACCCGGGGUAUUAUCCAUGAGCUUGUGAGCAAUGGACGCCAGGUCGUGGUGGUAAAUCAUUCAUAUGGUGGCCUAGUCGGCGCGGGCGCCGUCGAAGGUCUUGGAUACGCACAACGGGCCAAGACUGGCCAACCUGGGGGCGUAAUUAUGGUGGUUUGGAUGGCAGCGGUUGUGGCUCCCAAGGGCAAGUCUGUGAUUGACAUGUUGGGUGGCAAUUGGCUUCCCUGGAUGCUGUUGAAGAGUCCAGAUGACGGCUAUUGCUACUCUUCCGAGCAAGAACAUGUCUUCUAUCAUGACAUGACCCCCGAGGAGCAGCAGAAGGCGAUCUCUAAGCUAAAGCCACACCCCGUGUCGUCCCUCCUGGAACCCGUUCUGUACGAACCGUGGCAUGACAUGCCCUCCUUCUUCCUUUACUUCGAUAAGGACCAGGCACUUCCACUUCAGGUUCAGGAGAGCUUUGCCCAGACUUUGGGCAACCCGGCGGCUUUUCAUACGGAUGGGUCGCACUCGGCAUUUUUGAGUAUGCCGGAGCAGGUUGCGGGUGGCCUCGAGCUAGCCCUAAAGACAGGACAGGAGCAAAGUGGAAUUAUCGUGAAUUGA